AAUUUCUGACAAGCGUUGUGUAUUCUAUUGAGAAAAGUAUCCAUAAAUCUAUAUUUUUGUGUGGGGCAGUGGUAAUAGCAUAAGUAAAUAUGGAAGUAAUUGUCGCCAACGUCGACCAUAUAAAAUUUGACAUAGAUUACGCUUUAGAAGAGCAAUAUGGGGCAUUGCCGCUACCUUUCCCGGGAAUGGACAAAUCAACUGCAGCAGUAUGUGAAUUCUUCAGCCAACCGGGUGGUUGCGUGAACGGGCCACAAUGCCCAUACAGGCACGUCCGGGGAGACCGGACAGUCGUCUGCAAGCAUUGGCUGCGAGGUCUCUGCAAGAAGGGCGACCAGUGCGAGUUUUUACACGAGUAUGACAUGUCUAAAAUGCCGGAGUGCUACUUCUAUGCAAGAUUCAAUGCAUGUCAUAAUAAAGAAUGUCCAUUCCUACACAUAGACCCUGAAAGCAAAAUUAAAGACUGCCCAUGGUAUGACAGAGGAUUCUGCCGUCAUGGUCCACAUUGUCGGCAUAGACAUGUGCGCAGAGUGCUCUGCAUGAAUUAUUUGGCGGGUUUCUGUCCUGACGGCUCAUCAUGCAAGUACAUGCACCCACGGUUUGAACUACCAGCUCCUCCGGAACAAACUAAGGAUGCUAAGAGAUUACCUGUGUGCCAUUACUGUUCUGAAGUAGGCCACAAGGCCUCAGCUUGCAGUAAAUUACCUGCUGAGCAAAGAGCAUCUAUUACACUGGCUCAAAGGCAGGAAGAGGUACGAUACCGUGCCCUGGGCUAUGUGAAGCCUGCAAGCGAAAAUGAGGAUGGCAAUAAUGCCCAAAGACUCCAGAGAAUAGCUCAUAAACCACUUGAAGAAGUCACCUGUUUCAAAUGUGGAACAAAAGGACAUUAUGCAAACAAAUGUCCUAAGGGCCAUCUGGCCUUUUUGUCAAGUCAGUUUGUCCAAAACAAUCCAAACACCUUCAAGAAACCCAACUAGUAUAAAUAUGUGAAGCCUGGGAGAGAGAGGCUUCAGUGAUGAACUAUUGAAUUUAAUUAUAAGUUAUAUUGGGACUGUGUCAAGUGAUCCCUCGGCCCUGAUGCAUGAGUGCUAAGACUUUAUUACAAGAUAAAUAAGAUAAUAACUAAU